CGGGGGUCCCCGCCUCUGGGCCGCCCCCUGUCAGUCCUCGGAGCGGCUCUGGCGGGGAGGGUCGCGCUGCUGCCACGAUGCCCAUGUACAAGGUGAGGCCCGCUCACGGGCAGCCCGCCUUGGCCGAGCACCUCCCGGCUUGCAUGUACCGGGUGCGCAACGUGCACCGUGGCCCCGAGGGCGGCUCCAGCUCUUCCACUUCCUCGCAGCAGGAUGAAGUUGAUCCAGCACUUCAGGCACUUGAAUCCCGCCAGGAGGAGAUCUUAAAGCGGUUGUAUGAAUUGAAAGCUGCUGUGGACGGGCUCUCAAAGAUGAUCCAAACACCAGAUGCAGACUUUGAUGCAACAAACAUCAUCCAAGCAGAUGAGCAUGUUCCUUUAACUGCUAAUGCUGCAGACCUGGACAACUUGCUUGGGAAGGAUUAUGAUGCCCUGAAGGAUAUUGUAAUCAAUGCCAACCCCGCUCUGCCUCCGCUCUCACUGCUAGUCCUCCAUAGCCUGCUUUGUGAGAGGUACAAAAUACUGUCGGCUGUGCAUACACACUCAUCUGUGAAAAGUGUGCCGGAAAACCUCCUGAAAUGCUUUGGUGAGCAGACGAAGAAGCAAUCGCGCCACGAGUAUCAGUUGGGCUUUACACUCAUCUGGAAAGAUGUGCCCAAACCCCAGAUGAAGUUCAGCAUUCAAACCAUGUGUCCCAUCGAAGGAGAAGGGAACAUUGCUCGAUUCUUGUUCUCCUUGCUGGGUCAGCAGCACAGUGCUGUCACAGCAACUCUGAUAGACAGUUGGGUAGACACUGCGAUCUUCCAGCUGAAAGAAGGGAGUAACAAAGAGAAGGCAGCUGUGCUGCGGUCCAUGAAUGCAGCCCUUGGCAAGUCAUCCUGGCUGGUGGGGAGUGAACUGACGGUCGCCGACAUCGUAGCCUGGUGUGCGCUGCAGCAGACAGGAAGUGCCAACACUGUCCCCGCCCACGUGCAGAAGUGGCUCAAGUCUUGCGAGAAUCUGGCACCCUUUAACUCGGCUCUCAAGUUACUGAAGUAAAUGCACGUUUUCUAGAAGGGAGAACCUCAGAUAUUUUCUACACAUCACUUUGCAACUGGGAGCCUAGGAUAUAAUGUUGUGUGAAUGAAGUUUUAAAAACGGUCGGGUUUUUUGGUUAAUAAAGAGAUCAGAACCAA